CACAGCGCUCCGCGCUCUGUGCCGAGAGCGAGCCCUACACCCGCGCGGCUGCCGGCACGAUGCCUCUCCGCCUCGACAUCAAGCGGAAGCUGUCGUCGCGGUCGGACCGCGUCAAGACGGUCGACCUUCACCCGACCGAGCCGUGGGUGCUCUCCUCCAUGUACAACGGCCACGUCUUUAUCUGGAACCACACGACGCAGGGGCUGGUCAAGUCGUUUGAGGUGUCGCCGGACCAGCCGGUGCGGUCGGCCAAGUUUGUGGCGCGGAAGCAGUGGAUCGUCGCUGGCUCCGACGACAUGCAGAUCCGCGUGUACAACUACAACACGCUCGAAAAGAUCAAGGUGUUUGAGGCGCACUCGGACUAUAUCCGCUGCAUCGCGGUGCACCCGUCGCAGCCGCUGGUGCUCUCGUCGUCGGACGACAUGACGAUCCGGCUGUGGGAUUGGGACAAGGGCUGGGCCAACCCGCUCACCUUCGAGGGCCACACCCACUACGUCAUGAUGGUCGCCUUCAACCCGAAGGACUCCAACACGUUCGCGUCUGCCUCGCUCGACCGCUCGAUCAAGGUGUGGGGCAUCAACUCGCCGCAGCCCCACUUCACGCUCGAGGGCCACGAGAAGGGCGUCAACUGCGUCGAGUACUUUGCCGGAGGCGACCGGCCGUACCUUGUCUCGGGAGCCGACGACCAGACGGUCAAGGUGUGGGACUACCAGACCAAGCAGUGCGUGCAGACGAUGGAGGGGCACAGCCACAACGUCGCCGCGGUCUGCUGCCACCCGGAGCUGCCCAUCAUCCUGUCCGGCUCCGAGGACGGCACCGUCCGCAUCUGGCACGCACACACGUACCGGCAGGAGUACAACUUCAACUACGCGUACGAGCGCUGCUGGUCCAUCGCCGCGCUCAAGGGCACAAACAACGUCGCGCUCGCGUACGACGAAGGCACCAUCGUCGUGCAGCUGGGCAACGAGGAGCCGAUCGCCUCGAUGGACUCGAGCGGCAAGAUGAUCCUCGCGCGGCACAACGAGAUCUCCGCCGUCGACCUCAAAAAGGUGGAGGGCCACGAGGUCGUUGACGGCGAGCGGCUGAUGAUCCCGUCCAAGGAGCUCGACGUGUGCGAGAUCUACCCGCAGUGGCUCUCGCACAACUCCAACGGCCGCUUCGCCGUCGUGACGGGCGACGGCGAGUACAUCAUCUACACGGCGCUCGCGUGGCGCAAGAAGGCGUUCGGCUCGGCGCUCGACUUUGUGUGGGCGCUCGACUCGGGCGACUACGCGGUGCGCGAGUCGGCGGUGCUGAUCAAGCUCUUCAAGAACUUCAAGGAGACGCGAACCUUCAAGCCGCCCUUCCAGGCCGACGCCAUCUACGGCGGGGCGCUGCUCGGCGUGCGGUCGGGCGAGGUGACCUUCUUCUUCGACUGGGUCGAGUGCCGCCUCGUGCGGAGGAUCGACGUGCAGCCCAAGGAGGUGAAGUGGUCUGAGAGCGGCGAGCUGGUCGUCCUCGUGUGCGAGGACUCGCUCUUCCUGCUGCGCUACUCGCGCGACGUCGCCUUCGCCGCGCUCGAGUCGGGCCAGCCGAUCGGCGAGGAGGGGGUGGACGAGGCGUUCGAGCUCGUGCACGAGGUGAGCGAGCAGGUGCGCACCUGCGUGUGGGUGGGGGAGUGCCUGGUUUACACGACCAAGGCGGGCCGGCUCAACUACACCGUCGGCGGCGAGGUGGUGACGCUGCAGCACCUCGACCGGCCUCUGCACAUCGUGGGCUACCUGCCAAAGGAGAACCGGAUCUACCUGCUCGACCGCGACUACGCCGUCGUCUCGUACCAGCUGCUCCUCUCCGUGCUAAACUACCAGACCGCCGUCGUGCGGCGCGACUUUGUCGAGGCGGCCGCCAUCCUGCCGUCGAUCCCGCAGUCGGAGCACAACCGGAUCGCGCGCUUCCUCGAGGCGCAGGGCUUCAAGGAGGAGGCGCUCGCCGUCGCCACCGACCCGGAGCACCGCUUCGAGCUCGCCGUGCACUUGGGCAAGCUGCAGACUGCGUACGACAUCACGACGCAGCAACCGUCCGAGGCCCGCUGGAAGCAGCUCGGCGACAUGGCGCUGCACGCCGCCGACCUGAGGCUCGCCGAGGAGUGCCUCGUGCGCGCGGCUGACUUGGGCGGGCUGCUGCUGCUGUACUCGUCGACGGGGCACGCCGAGGGGAUCGACAAGCUCGCGGAGCUGUCGCGCAAGAAGGGCAAGCUCAACGUCUCCUUCCUCUGCUCCUUCCUGCGCGGCCGCCCAACAGAGUGCCUCGAGCUGCUACUCUCCGCCGGACGCGCCCCCGAGGCGGCUUUCCUCGCGCGCACGUACACGCCCAGCCAGACGAGCCGCAUGGUCGGCUUGUGGAAGGAGCAGCUGCGCGAGGUGAACCCGAAGGCGGCCGAGUCGAUUGCUGACCCGGCCGACUACCCGAACCUCUUCGACGGCCUCGAGCUCGCCCUCAAGGCCGAGGCGUGGCUCGGCGAGAACCAGCUGCACGAGGCGCCCGCCUCCAUCUACCUCGACCACGCGGCGGACAACGAGUCGGACCUGCUGGAGCACGUCAAGCAGCUCGAGGCGCAGGGCGAGGCGAUGCCGCCGCCCGAGGCUGCUCCUGCAGAAGAGGCUGCACCUGCAGAGCCGGAGGAGGAGAGUCCGCUGGGCGACGAGCCGGACGCGGCGGCGGCGGCGGAGGAGGAGGAGGCGGCGGCGCAGGCGGCGCAGGCGGCGGCGGAGGCGGAGGCGAAGGCGGAGGCGGCGGCGGCGGCGGCGGCGGCGGCGGCGGCGGCGGAGGCGGCUGCACCCCCGCCGGAGGAGCCGCCGGAGGAGCCGGAGCCGCCGGCGCCGGAGCCGGCGGCGGAGGGCGGGGCGGAGGAGCCGUUUGAGGAGGCGCUAGAGGGGGUGGGGGAGGGGGAGGCCGCCGCGGAGCACGGCGCCUCCACCGACCUCGACGCCGACCUCGACGCGGAGCUGGACGCCGAGCUCAACUCCUUCUGAAAGGUUCGAACCGCCGCCUUGGGUUGGGGUCCCGCCGCGCCGUGCCGCCGCCGCGUCUGGUUGAUUUGCCGCUGGCCUGCUCGGGGCGCACCCGCGAUUCGAUGUGAAUCGCAGGGC